AUGGCUUCAAAAGACGCGAAAGACACAAUCACAGCUGAAGAGUUUCUCGAGCAACAAAGAAAACUUGAAAAGGAGGCUGCAGAAGUGCUACCGUGGAACUUCGAUCACUGCACGUACUCUAGAGGUUACUUGCGCCAACCAGUAUAUGCCUGUAAGACUUGCAAACCGAAGCCAGGAUAUGGCCCUGAUCACGUUUUGGUCGAACUGUUUAACAAGAGGAGCUUUCGCUGCGAUUGUGGAACAGCUCGACUUGGUGAAAAGCCUUGUGAACUCGAGCCAAAGGAAAGAGAUGUUGUAAAUACAUUAAAUCAGUAUAAUCACAACUAUGAAGGCCGUUUUUGUUGGUGUGAUGUCGAAUAUGAUCCGGAGAAGGAAGAGUCGAAUAUGUAUCAGGAUUGGUAUCAUGAAAACUGUAUGAACGGCGGAAAACAGGGAGAUCAGGAAUUUACGCUUCCUGAGUGCGAGCUUUUCGAAGAGUACGUUUGUCGAAGUUGUACAGAAAGAUAUCCCUUCCUUAAAUUAUACUGUGAUUCUCAUUUAUGUUUUGCUCGGAUGUCAAAGAAAGUGUCUUUGAAAUCAACUUUGGGCGAUCGCAGUAUCGAUUCUAAGGCUGAUUCCAUACUGUCUGAUGAAUCGAGAAUCAGAACAGAUUCUGACAAUAAUCGAUCACAAUCUGCAGAAUCUAGCAAGAGGAAAGUCGUGGAUGACCAAAAGUUUACACCACUAAAGAAGACAAAAUCUCUAUCGGGACCUGCUUGUCGGCUAGAAAAGUUUGCUUCUAUUAAUGUUGAUGAAAACUAUUUCGAUUUAUUCUGUGUGUCAGGAUGGCGUGACGACCUAUGUCGAUGCGCUAAGUGCAAAGAACUUUACAAAAGACAUAAGUUGGAAUUUCUAUUGGAAGAGGAAGAAACAUAUGAACCGCCAAAAGAUGAGGAUAAAGACUCUUCGUUGUUUGAAAAUGGCGUGAAACUGUUGACACAAAUGGACAGAGUUACAGCCAUAGAAGGUUUAAUCGCGUAUAACAAAAUGAGAGAUGAAAUACGAGAAUUCUUGAAGACGUUUGCUGAUUCUGGUAGAACUGUCACGGAACACGACAUUCGUGCGUUUUUUGAGUCUAAGCUUGCAGACCACAAGUCAUCAAGGAACAAUACGUCGUUUUAA